UGUAAAAUUUUUCGUGAUUUCUCGACAUGGGGCCCGAGAGACACGUGUACGUACCUGCCAAUGCGUUUUGCGGCCAGCGCUGUGCGAUCAAAACGAAAAUGGUGGUCGACAUGGAGCUGCAGGAAGCUAAGGAUCACGUUCUUCAACUGAUGAAGGAGAAAGACAAGAUUGAGUCUGAUCUACGAGCGCUAAAGGAGGUCUUAGACUCCAAUCACAUCGGGAUGGACGAGCCGCUGGUGGACUCCGAGGGAUAUCCCAGGCAGGACAUCAACGUUUAUCAAGUGAGACACACGAGGCACAAAAUAAUAUGCCUUAGGAACGAUCACAAAGACGUGAUGAAGAAGAUAGAGGAGGGGUUGCACAGAGUUCACGCUCUAGGGGGAGCGAGUAAAGCUGAAGAGUCAAUAGCUGAUAUACCUGACAGUCAGGAGACAGAAGGGCUGGAGCCUUUCCUCAGGGUGAAUUUAGUUUCACCUGGUUCGCCAGCGGAGACUGCGGGCAUCCAAGUCGAAGACCUAAUAUUGGAAUUUGGAUCUGUUCAUUGCCGAAAUUUCAAAUCUUUAAUUGACAUUGGAAAGCUGGUGGAAAACAGCAGAUAUAAGACGGUCAACGUAAAGAUCAAACGUGGGUCGAAUACUAUUGUUCUGUCGCUAAUCCCGCGUCCUUGGGUUGGCAAAGGCCUUCUAGGUUGUAACGUGAUACCUGUAGAAGUAGUUGAGAGAUAAGAUUCUGUCGGAGAGAAACAUGCAACUAUUUUUAUAGCCCAUAAACUACUUUUAUGCAUACCUUCCUUAACUAAUAAUAAUAAAUGUAUCUUUAUAAGUUAUUACUUCUAAUAUAUUUGCAUCAUUUUA